AUGGAGAGCGAUGGCGUUGACACUGGCUCAUCUCAGAAAGCGUCGUACGAUGGUUCGACGACGGAAGCAGCGCCUAAGAAAGACAACAAAGGCAAAGAGAGAGAGAUCAAAUUUGGCAGUCGCCUACAAGCAUCUGGGCGAAUGGCUUUGAACGCUGCUUUUUCAGCGCAGCCAUCUCUUGCUGGACCUAGCAAUGGCAAGGCCUCCACGGGCCUUACUCAGGAUCAAGGCCCGGUAUCCAAAAUUUCACUGCCAGAGGCUUCACGCAGCCAGGGCACUCCUGCGCUUAGUGGUUCUUUGCGAAAGGAUCCCCAUACCUUCAGCCAAGCAUCCCUCAAGUACGACGCGUUUCUCAAUGCGACGCCGCAGGUGCAAGAUGCGUUCCAGGCCACUAUUCAGAGCGGCGAAUCAGUACAUAAUUCGUCGUUCCGGGAGCAGACAACGGAUGACGGUGCGGAUGUCGUCAAAUUACUUUCAAUGCCAGAAGAACAGCCAGAAUACAUGGAGUUCGAUGAAUUGCUAUCAGAGCAAGAAGCCGCUCGCCUUCAAGAAGCCUUCUUUGCUAAUAGUGCUUCGCAACCGGCUUUGGAUCGCCUUCUUAGCUUCAGCCCAGGGUUUGUUCUUGAUGCAAACCUCUCCUGCGAAGCGAAAUUACACACCGGCAUCGACGACACGGGGGUUGCUCGCGACAUAUGGUUGCAGCAAUGGCAUGAUGUUCUCAGCUCAUACACGGAUGAGGUGUGGGGAGAUCUGAGGUUCUUGGUAGAGGGCGCUAAGCGCGAAAUCGAAAGCGCUCGAUCACAAGCGCACAUGCAAAGCCCUGAGUCAAAGGCUUUAGAACGCCUCAGGCAAAUUCUAGCUCACAUACGAGGCCACAUCUAA